AUGGUGCUCAUUACUCGACUUCUAUCGGGUCUUGCCCUUGCUUCAGGCAUCCUUGCAUCAGGCAUCCUUGCAUCACCUAUCGAGCGUCGUGCUGUUAUUAACCACGAUGCUGUCGUUGGGUUUCCACAAACAGUUCCAUCCAAUACUGCUGGCUCACUCUAUCUGAAGUACAAGCCUUACCUCAAGGUCUUCAACGGAUGCGUGCCCUUCCCCGCGGUCGAUAGUAAUGGCAACACUGGUGGAGGCCUGGCCACAAGUGGCUCCUCUAAUGGAGGUUGCAGUAGCAGUCUCGGCCAGGUCUAUGUACGAGGCGGGACUUACAAUGGCCGCUACGGCAUUAUGUAUUCUUGGUAUAUGCCAAAGGAUGCACCCUCUCCCGGACUAGGACAUCGCCAUGACUGGGAAAACGCAGUCAUCUGGCUGUCUGGUGAAAGCACAAGUGCUACAGUUGUUGGCAUGGCAGUUUCUCAACAUGGAGGAUAUGACAAGAGAACUUCUGGUACUUUCUCCGGAAACAGUCCCUUAGUGGGCUAUACCGCCAUCUGGCCUACCAAUCACCAAAUGAUCUUCACCAACGAUCAAGGUGGCCAGCAGCCGCUGAUUGCCUGGGAGAGUUUGACUGAUGCGGCUCGUACAGCUUUGACAAACACCGACUUCGGCAGUGCCAACGUCCCCUUCAAGGACGGAAGCUUUGAGUCAAACCUGGGCAAGGCAGCUGUCUGA